AGAAGAAGGUUGAUACACCAUGAUUACCUUGUCUCUCAACACCCAGACCAUACUAGCGAGUCUAAGCAUAUGUCUCAUGGUAUACUACGUUAUUAAGCGAAUGCGGUUUCGCCUGCCACCAGGUCCCUGGUGCAUUCCACUUGUUGGACAUUAUCAGAUCUAUUCAUCUGUUGAAAUGCACAAGAAAGUAGCUGAGCUAUCCAAGACAUAUGGCCCAGUCUUACGUCUAUCAUAUGGAUCCAGCACUUGGGUUCUUCUAAAUGAAAACGACGUUGUUAUAGAGGCAUUGGUGAAAAAGAAGGCAGAUUUUGCUGGAAGACCUGAAUUUUCAUCAGAUGAUGCAUUUAGUAGCGGGGGAAAAGACCUCGUAUUUAGUACCUAUUCACCAACUUGGAAAUUGCACAGAAAAAUAGCAGGCAAAGCUCUCAGGCUUUAUUUACGAGGGGAUCUUCUUGAAAACACGGUACAGAACAACGUGAAUAGAUUCUUGGACAAGAUGGCACUGGAGGAGGAACCAUUUGCUUUCAAAAGUUACGUGGAUCUGAUGGUUUUUCACCAACUGUAUACUAUUUCUUUCGGAGAAAAACGGCCUAUUGAAGAUCCGGAAGUAAAGGCACUGCUUAAAUUAGAUGAAGAGUUGAUCGCUGAACUGGCAACUGGAUUCCUGGAGGACUUAGUCCCACAUCUGAAGGACAUCUACCCAACUGCGAAAUGGAAGAAAUUUCUCAGAUUGAUAGAUCAGCUGUCAAAAGUGCUUCGGGCUAAAUACAAAGAGCAUGUCAAUACUUUUCAACCAGGUGUAAACAGAGACUUUAUCGACAGUUUGUUGAUGGCCAGACAGGAGGCCGAGAACGAAGGGGAUGUAUCCGCACUGGAGAAGUUUGACGAUACACGUUUAAUUCAGACCAUAUCAGAUAUAAUUUUGGCUGGACUGGAUACUUCAAGAUUCACAAUGGACUGGUUCGUGUAUUUCAUGAGCAGAUUUCCGGAAAUCCAGACCAAAUGCCAGGAGGAAAUUGAAAGGGUUGUCGGCUCAGGGCAUCCAUCAAUAAAGGACCUUAGCAACUUAGACUACACAGAGGCUUGCUUGUUUGAAACAAUGAGACUAGGAAGCGUUGUGGGGCUUGGUAUCCCUCACAUGACUAUAUGUGAUACACAAGUUGGUGGAUAUGACAUUCCAAAAGGCACCACAGUAAUUAUAAACCACUGGGCUCUUCAUCAUGAUCCUAAAUUCUUUAAAGACCCAGAAAACUUUGAUCCAUAUCGUUAUCUUGAUGAAAACGGAAAAAUGAAACCUUCUAGACCAGAUAGUUGGCUGCCGUUCUCAGCGGGCCGCCGAGUUUGUUUGGGAGAAUCGUUAGCUAAACCUGAAAUACUAAUGAUGUGUGUAAACCUGCUGCAGCGUUUUGAAAUUCGUCUUCCAAAUGGAGUGAAACCAAAUCUUGAAUACAAGCAGUAUGGAUUUGGCACAGAGCUUCCACCUGAGUAUAAAAUCAUUGUAAAGGAUAGAAAUAAGAAUUAAACAAUCUACAUCAUAAUAUUUAUAU